CUUCUCUCUUCAAGUAUUGCGUGGUCUUGUUCUUUUUUCUCUCUCUCCUCACCUCCUUGAAAAUAUUCCCAAAGGCGUCACUCCAUCAUUCCUUCUCUUUCUGUCUACUGUCUUUCUGUCCUUGGUCAUCCUUCAUAUCUUUUUUUCUUCCUCUCUCUCAUUUCACUCUUAUUCUUCAUUGUCUGUCCCUCUCUAGUCGCGUCAUGUCCUCAUCAAAGAGCGUGGCCACUCCACCACCGCCCCAUGGUAGUGACAUUAAUGCCACCUGGGCUUUCCUUGAACAAGGCAUCGACCAGAUCAUGAACCGUCUCGAAGAUGGACUCACUUAUCAACGUUAUAUGGAGAUCUACACCGUUAUCUACAACUAUUGUACUACUAAAGCUACGUCUGAUACAUUAAACCAUUCGAUCCAAACACGAGGUGCAACGCUUGGCGGAAGUGAUCUCUAUUCGCAUUUGAUUCGCUACUUUCAAAAGCAUCUUGAGGUCAUUCGUAAGGACUCGGAAAAGUUCAUGGACGUGUCACUUUUGGAAUACUAUACCAAGCAGUGGGUCAAGUUCACAGGAGCCUCCACCUAUGUCCACCAUUUAUUCACGUAUCUCAAUCGCCAUUGGGUUAAACGCGAGAUCGACGAGGGUCGCAAGACUGUGCAUGAUGUGGGCACUCUCGCUCUGGUUAGCUGGAAGGAUAGCUUGUUUAGUCAUGUUGAACGUAACGUUAUGGCAGCCGUUCUCAAGCUUAUCGAGCGUCAACGCAAUGGCGAGUCUGUCGAGACAAGUCUUCUGCGAAACGUCGUGGAGUCGUUCGUAUCUCUGGGUUUGGACGAAAAUGAUUCUAAAAAGACAACGCUUGAAGUCUACAGACAGUACUUUGAAAAGCCCUUCGUCACUGCUACAGAAGUUUAUUAUAAGAUGGAAUCUGAAAAAUUCUUGAGCGAGAACAGUGUUACUGAGUAUAUGAAAAAGGCGGAGGCCCGUUUGGCAGAGGAGGAGAGUCGCGUGCAGAUGUAUCUUCAUGCCAGCACUCACAAGCCUCUUAUCUUUACGUGUGAAACAGUGCUCGUUAAAGGCCACACAGAGAUUAUUUGGGAGGAAUUCCAGAACUUGCUGAACCAGGACAAACAAGAGGACCUCUUCAGAAUGUUCUCUCUUUUGCUUCGCAUCCCCGAAGGCCUUGAUCCACUACGUGCUCGCUUCGAGGCUCAUGUCCGCAAGGCCGGCUUGAGCGCUAUUGAAAAAAUUGCUGAUGAAUCAGCAGAAACCUUGGAACCUAAAGUGUAUGUGGACGCCCUACUGGAAGUUCACAAAAAAUACAAUGAUCUUGUACAGACCGCUUUCCGUGGUGAAGCCGGAUUUGUGGCGUCGUUGGAUAAAGCUUGUCGAGAGUUUGUCAAUAGAAACAAAAUUUGCAAGUCCUCUUCAUCAAAGUCACCUGAAAUGCUGGCACGCUACUGUGAUUCCUUGUUGCGUAAGAGCUCCAAGAACCCCGAAGAGAAUGAUUUGGAAGACAUUUUGACCAGCAUUAUGACAGUGUUCAAGUACGUAGAAGACAAGGAUGUGUUUCAAAAAUUCUACUCCAAGAUGCUUGCUAAGCGUCUUGUGAAUGAUACUUCGGCCUCGGAUGAUGCAGAAGCUGGAAUGAUCUCAAGGUUGAAAGAAGCUUGCGGAUUUGAGUACACGGCUAAACUUCAGCGUAUGUUCACAGAUAUGGGCCUAUCUAAAGAGUUGAAUGAUCAAUUCAGAGAUAAGAUGAAUCAGAACCAUGAUGCGUCUGAAAAUACGGUGGACUUUUCUAUUCUUGUACUGGGCACAGCAUCAUGGCCAUUGCAGCCUCCCAGUACAUCGUUCAACUUGCCAGAUGAUGUUGUCAAGACCUAUGAGCGCUUCCAAGCGUUUUACCAGGAUAAGCAUCAGGGUCGUAAACUGAAUUGGCUCUUUCAGCUGUCUAAAGCUGACUUGAAGACAAAUUAUAUUAAAGCCAGCAAGACUGGCUAUACUUUCCAGACUUCCACUUAUCAAAUGGGCAUUUUGCUGCAAUACAACAGUGGCCUCUCUUAUACAUUAGAGGAACUGCAGACACAAACAAACCUCAAUUCGGACAUUUUGGCCGGCGCAUUAGGAAUCUUGGUCAAGGCAAAGGUUCUCUUGCUGGAGAACGGAAAAAAUGUUGGAGAUGCUGGCACGAGAUAUGAGCUAAACACUGAAUUUAAGAGUAAAAAGAUUCGCGUGAAUUUGAACUUGCCUCUCAAAGCGGAGCAAAAGAUAGAGACGGAAGAGACACACAAGACAAUUGAAGAGGACCGCAAGCUGGUGAUGCAGGCAGCGAUUGUCCGUAUUAUGAAGACUCGUAAGGUGAUGAAGCACGUAGCCCUGAUGAAUGAGGUUAUUACGCAACUUCAGUCUCGUUUCAAGCCUCGUGUGCCUGAUAUCAAGAAGUGUAUUGAUGUUCUCUUGGAUAAGGAGUAUAUCGAGCGCGUGGAAGGACAGAAAGACAUGUUCUCUUAUGUUGCCUAAGUAAAAGAGAAGAGAAAAGAAAAAGAAAG